CAUGUGAUGUAGGGAGAAAAAUAUCAACACCACUGAUCACUGAAACCGAGCAUUAACCACUGUGGUCUGGCUUUGUGCGGCGUUUACGUGGAAUAUUAUUAAUUAGCGUCCACAAUACUAAGUAACAACCGGAUGUUAGCUCUUCGUUUUUCCGGUGUCACUGCGCAGGAUGGCUGUGGCUCCCUCGGGCCAGUCCUCACUUGUGCACAGCUUGGCCACACUUCUUCGCAAUAAUGGUGACGUAGUCCUGGACGGCAGCAGCACGCUGACCCUCCCCGCCUGCACCCUGCAGCAGCUCACCAGGCUCUUUGAGCAGUAUUUGUUGUCCAGGAGCCAGCAGCAUGGCUUCCUGGCGCUUCCUUCCCAUCCGGCCGACACGUCCUCGCUAUUGCAGCUGCAGUUCCUGUUCGAUGUGUUGCAGAAGACGCUCUCUCUCAAGCUCAUCCGUCUGCCUGGAGUGAGGCUGGAGUCAGCAGUCAAAAUCUUCCCUUUCAAGUCGCUCAAGUGUUUAGAGCUGAAGAGAAUCCCAGCGCACCUCCUUGAGGGACUCCGAGGAGUUUAUUCCCAGCUUGAGGUCUUCACCUGCUCAAAGAGCCUCAACUCCCUGGAGGAGCUGCUCUCUCUGUGUGGAGGUGACCUGAGCUCUGCGCUGACCUGGCUGGAGCUCCACACCCUCAACUUCAGCUACAACUCCAUCGUCUGCCUCGACCAGUCACUAAGUUUACUAAACGUCCUGAAAUCCUUGGAUCUGAGCCAUAACAAGAUUCAAGAGUGCGGAGAAUUCCUAAAGCCUCUGAGUGAAUUGGAACACUUAAACUUGGGAUACAACUGCCUGCAGAGGGCGCCAACACUCGGGCCCAGCGCCAGGGCCAAGCUGCACACGCUCAUCCUCAGGAACAACGAACUGGAAACCAUUAACGGUGUGGAGCAGUUGUCCUCGCUCCAGCAUUUAGACCUGGCCUACAACCUGCUGCUGGAGCACGCCCAACUCGCCCCUCUCUCCCUGCUGCACGGCCUCACCAGCCUAAACCUGGAGGGAAACCCGCUGUACUUCCAGAAGAGCCACCGCACCUGCACCGUGCCACACCUGUCCCCGAAGGCCGCCAGCCUCAGAAUGAGGCUGGAUGGAACCCCACUGUCCUCCUCUGAAUUAUCCGUUCUACCCAAAGCAGGUCAGCUGAUCAUCCAGGUUCAGACGUCUGUGGCUCCAACCAGCGAUCCACCUGAAUGCAGCAAUCAGGAGCCGUCAAGUGGGGCGGGGGAUUUGAGUGACAGCCUGACCGCCGCCGAAGUUGGGAUGUCCCGGUUUAGGAAGAAGAAGUCCAGAAGUAAGGUCAAAGUUCGGAGAGCCAGCAUAUCAGAACCAAGUGAUACUGAUCACAAGCCCAGACCCUUCUCCUCUGCACAGGACAUUAUUCUGCCUCACCAACAGGAGAUCGAACGCAUGUCCAGCUUCAGAGACCAGCUUGGGGAAGACUGGCUGAGAUACCAGCACCAUCUAGAUGGAGGGGCUCCCACCACCAUCAGCAGCCCAUACAUCCCUCAGACUCUAACCAACGGCGUCAGCACCUCCAUAACACCCAGCCAUCCUGGGCCUGCUGUAGAGGUCCCAGAGGUUCUCCCACCGCCGCCACUGCUGUCCCCGGAGCCAAACGAUCUGGAGACAGACUCCACGCUGCAGUGGCUGAGUCCGAGCGGCCAGCAAACCGAUUCCACUCUGGAGGCCAGCACCGUGGACGGCCCGGUGGGGAAGCAGGAGGCGGCCGACUCUCACCAGUCCAGCCCCGAUUCCCAAAGGUCUGCCAGGGUGUCGAGUGGCGGUACCAACCCAGAAGAAGAAGAUGAAAUCGGAGUUGACCUGUGUCGCCCCCUGUUGGUCGGCAUCCUCCCCACCGGAGAGGAGGCUGACGGAGAAGGUAAGCAGGGGAAGAGGAUGGAAGUGUUUCUGCGGGUGAAGCACGGCGUCCUGGUGGAGGUGGACCCGCAGCGCGGCGUGGAGAUGUCCCGGCUGGAGCUGGACAGCCUGGCCCGGGUCCAGACCACACAGGCCAUCUGGACCCCACAGGACGCCAUGGAGCCGUUUCCUGCUGUGGAGCUUCACUUCGACUAUAUUGCCAAGUCCAAACGGAGGCGGUCCUACGUCCUGCUAGAUGACGACCCCCAUCAGGCUGCACAGGUUUUGAGCGACAUCCUGUCCGCUGUGCUGGAGGAGAACCAGCGGCGGGACUCUAAAUCCGGUCCUUCCUCCUCCCUCCUGCAGUGCCUCCGCUGCAGGUCAGAGUUCAGCUCUCACCUGGCAGCUGGUGAAGAGGAGGACGGUGGGAGUAGAGUGGGAGUGAUGCUGCGGGACGGUGAGGAAGGACGGAACAGGGAGGAGCAAACGGAGGCAGAUUAUAACAAUGGCACUUCAGGAGCAGUGUGCGUUUGUCCAGAGUGUGGUAGUGACCAUGUGGUCCAGGUGGCCCAUCAGGCGGCGCCCUGCAGCAGUACGCCCAUCAGCGGCUCGCCGCGGCUCGAACAUGAACUACAGCCUCUGGAUUUUUUCCCACAGAGCGGCGGCAGUGCGGAGCAGCUUGAUGAAGUGCAGCAGGUCGGCAGCAGCCUCCUCCUGCAGUCCGCCGCCGCCUCGCCGGAGCAGAGCUUCGUCACGGCCCAGGGUACCUCCUUUUUCAUCGGCGACGCCCCGGACCGCACCGACAGCCAGGGAAAGGAGGAGCUGGCAGGAAGCUACCACUACUCCGUCAGCGGCGCUACGCCCCCGCAAGCCCGGCCUCCUGCCGAACCUGCUCCUCCAUCCAUCCCAAAGGAUGACUUGGAUCUGUUGUCUGAGGACUACGAGUCUGUGGACCAUCGGCUGAAGCUUUUCUUGGAUGUGGAGGUCUUUGAAGAGGAAGAGGAGCUUCACUCUUUUCUCAAGAUGUCGGCUGUAAAAUAUGGAGAACCGGGGGAGGUUCCCUCGCUGUUGGUUGUUUCCAACCAGCGGCUAUACUUUCUGGAAAUGACAUCAGACGUGCACGCGGUGUUUCCUCCCAGCAGAGGUCCGCUCACCGAUUGGCUGCAGAAGAAGGACAGCUACCCAAUCAUGGAGCUCAGCUACCUGGAGGUGGGCCUGGGCUCCCAGAGCAUCCACAUGGAGUUUGCAGAUGGAGGCGUGGCCUAUACUCUCCUCGUCAGGGACAGCGUGCGCUGCAAGCGUUUCUUUGGCCUCCUAACAGGAAUGGUCCGUGAGAUGGCCCACAAAUCUGAGAGCAGGCUGCAGUCCAUCUCCACCACCAGGCUGUCCGCCCAGCACCACCUCUGGCCGCUGGUGUGCGAAGACAUCCAGGCAGAUGUGGAGGACGGACAGCUGCAGUUCUUCUACAUCCUGGCUUUUGUCCGCCGAGAGGAGCUGUGGCUGCCUCAGACUGUGCUGGCCACCAGAGAAACCCUCUACCUGCUGGACGAAGAUCACCAAUGGAGGAAAAGCGUCUCGGCGGCGCCCGAGGACAGCCGGGCGCGCAGCGGGAGCGUCGCCGUCCUGGAAACGCUUCCCAUCAGCUGCGUGAGCUCGGUUCUGCUGUGGGCCUCGGACCCGCUCAGGAUGGACUUCAAGCUUUACGACGAGACCGUGAAGCAGGAGAAGACGUGGUGCGUGCGCACGGAGAGCGCCGAGCUCCUCCAGGGUCUGCUGUCCUGGGUCAGGGCGCAGUGGGAGGCCAUGUUCGGAGUCAAGCUGCACACGAGUCUGCGAGACGAGCCGUCGUAAUGGAUCCAAGCAAACAAAACAACAAAAGCCGGAGUUUUAGGCUUCAGUCCUGUGCCGGGUUAUCGAGCGAGUCUGCAUCUUUUGUUUUCUCUGCACUCAAGUUUUUGCUCCCAUUAUGCUUGUUGCUUCAAGCCAAGAGCUGGGAAAUGAUUGCACUCAUUCAUGUGGUACACAAGCCUGUAAAAAAAAAAAAAAAAAAAAAAGCUCUGCUUGCAUAAUUUUUCCUCCAGGGAAAAAAAAACAAACAACAUCCCCAGUGGGUUUUUCUACAGCUGAAAUGAAGUGUGCCUUGUUUCUUUGUGAAGAUGAGACGUCCUCGUUCGGCGAUGCACCUAAAUGCACGUCGUGUUUUCUGGAUCGCCUGUCAGCGCUUCGCCAAUGUAGGGCAGGUUCCUCCGACUGGGGGGAACGGCAGCAAGGCUUUAACACGAGGAACGGCUAAGGCUCUCAUCAAGGGAAACCUUUGACCCCAGUUGGGGUCUUAUAGUUGGUCUAAGCAUAAAUGGUCUUGUGUACUGUUUAAAAUGUAAUCCACAGGUGUGAAUUAAGAGUUUAUAUAAAAUAGAUCGUCAGGAAGAAUCUAACUUAAUUUAUGUUGUCGAUGCACUUUUAUUUUUGUAUAAAUGGAUCAUCAAUGUGUUUACUUGGAUAUAAAAAAAAAAAAAAGAAGAAAAAGUCGUCUUUGUUUCUGUCGUCGCGUGGCCUUGAACAAUUCUGCCGACUUCCUGUUGCAAAUUUACAAAACGGACGCGUUUUAUUCAUUGAUGGAUCCUGCUGAUGAUGGCGAGAUUGGAAAAAAGGGAAAAGAAAAAAAAAAAAAAGAUACCCGAAGCCAAAAUUUCUCCAAAAUUAAGUUCCUUUUAUCCUCCUUCAACCGCAGAUAAAUCAUCACAUGUUUUACAUUUUAAUAGGUUUACUCUUCGUUAUUUGCAUGUCUGCUCCUGCUUGCUGCGGCGUCUCAAGAUAUUAAGGAAGCCAAAUUCCAAACUGGAUUUUUUGUCUUCGCCUGAUGCAACUUGUAAAGGUGGAGUUACUUUUGCCUGGUUGAUGAUACAGAAACAUUGAGGAGAGACGCAGACAAGGACUUUUAUUUAGCCAUUUUCCUCAUAUUUGAUUCAGCCUUCACUUGUUGCGUUUCCGCCAAGGUUUGGGACAAAUUGGAGGUAGGAAGACUACGUUGCUAAGACGGCAGGUCUCGAUGUGAACGAUUUAUGACCCCUGAGCGACCCCAGAGGUGAAGAGCAAGUGAUAAUAGAUGCCGUCGUCUAUGGAUCGAUUUUAAAAGUUUGACAGUGUUGCCACGUGAUCAUAAGGCGAAGGAAGUUUAGGAAAAAAGAAAGUACAGCUAACAGCAAUGGUACUUUGCGGAACACUGACUGGACCCUUUGGGUGUGUAGUCUGGACCAGAAGUGGUGAGACUGCGAUGUGAUGCGCUUCACUGACGUACUUUCUUCACAAUUAUCAGAAUUAUAGCGCAUAUCGCAUGUCAAUGAUGUAAAACUCGGGACAAAAGCGACAUGACUGCUGUGAAAGGAAUCUGAUGCGUAUUUUAUUUGGUAAAUGUGGAAGUGGCACAAAUCGGAUUGUUUUUGGGUGAAAACAUCGUAAUGAAAAUGUCUGAUACGGGCGACUUCAGGCAAAAAAUGAAUUGGACUUCGAUUGCAUUUGUCUUCUGUGUGAAUGUAGCGAGUUUGCAUGUGACGCUAGGCCUUCUAGGUCUGGAUAGGAAGUUAAUAAAACUGAAUGCAUUCAAAAUCCUCUUAAAUUUUCUACCAGUUGAACAACAGGAAUAAUUAUUGUUUGAGAAGGCGACAUUCAAACCUGGUUAUUGCUGAAAGCUCAAGUCGUUCAACUCCUGGAUCUUUUUUCAGGCGCGUCGUCACCACCAAAUGGGUAUGAGUGAAUAUGGUUUUGUGAUUUUUUUUUUUUUGCUUUCCUCUGCUAAACAAACAAAGAAAAUUUCCCUAGGCCCUAAAAGUUUUGGGUAAUCUCCUACAGAGGAGACGCCGAGUAAAUAAAGGACCCACGAAACGGAUCCUGGUUUCUAAGCACAAACAAAGAUGUUCUCUUUGGUCAUUUAGUACCAAAUGCUUUUUUUUUUUUCUUUUCACCGAGUUCAGUCCAGGCUCAGCUGUGUGAAAGCCAUAUUUGCCCAGUCUUGUCGGUGUAAAUAUUUCCUAGGCUGAGCAGAUGCCGCGCACAUGUUUCACAAGACCAGGAUCACCUUCGGUUCCAACCACGUGGCCGAGGGCCCCCCUGGCCCCCCACUCUCACCGGCCCUCCACAAACCAGUGAGCAGCAGCAGCAGCACACAAAUGACUGGUCGUUACUUACCCGCGACCGACCUGGUCUCAAUGUUCCCGGAGGUUUGAUGCACACAAUUAACAAGCGGCUCGUUUUGCAGCAAGGUUGAUUUCUGUCUCCGUGCAGGACUACAGGUCGUCCACAGUUGAAGGCCGCCGCUCUUCCCCCACAGAUGUGGACGUGUGCAGGAGACUCAAAACACUUUUCGCACCAUAGAUGUUCUCCCGGGUUUCGCAGUGUUUCCUUUCACACCAGCACUUUCGUUUAAAAUGUCAACUUUAUUUCCGUAAUAUUGGGUUUAUGUUAUGGAGGAAACCAACAGGCUGCUUACUGAGAGCUCUGGAUUGUAAUAGUUAGGAACAUUUUUGUGUUAUGAUGUUCUGAUUUUAACAUUUAUGUUGCAGGUACAAUAUUUAAGCUUGAAUUAGUUCCCAAAGUUUAUUUAAUGUUCUUCUUAGUCUCCUUCCUGAAGGCUAAGGCUUUGUGCAUAAAUUAUCCUGUGUUCAUUGUUAACUAGUCUUAGUGUAACCUGGUUGUAUUGCUCUUUUGUUAUAAUUACACAAAAUAUAUUUUUUGGAUUAUUUAUAUUGUUACUUGUAUUGUUCUGAAUACACCUCUAAGACUCUGUCGUUGUUUUAACCGUGUUAUUUUAAGAUCGGAAGCCCCGCCUUUUUAUUUCUUCUUCUGUGGUAUUCCUUUGGUUUGCCUUGCUUGACAUUUUCUGUUCAGGUCUUUUUUCUAGAUUUUUUAAAAUUAUUGCAGAGUAUUAGGGCCAUAAUAAUAGUUUUUUUUUUUUUUUUAUUUUAUUACAGGAAUAAAGUUGUAAAAUUAAGAGAAAACGUCGCUGUGAUGAGAAAAAGGCUUUAAUAGUUCACCAGCUCAGUGAGUCCUUGUGGUUUUGUCUUCAAAAUAGACGCACAAUUGUUUUAAAGUCCUUCUUCUGAUGAUAGUUGGAAAAAAAAAAUGAUAUGGAAUUAUAACUUCACAAAAUGCUGGACGUCCCUCAUUUCAUUUUUGUAUUGCUGCGCGUAGAAUUUCUCAUAAAAUUACUACUUCAUUCUCCUAUUACUACCUUGUUCAGGUAAUAUUGUUGACUUCAUUCUCAAAUUAUGACUAUUCUCAUUUUAUGACUUCGUACAACAACUUCAUUCUCGUGUCGGUACGACAUUGUUCUCGGCUGCAUGCUUGUACAUCGUUGUUGUUGUGCGUAAAAUUGCAACUUCUGGUGAUAUGAUUUUAUUGUCAAAUUAUUAUUUUAUUCCUGUUAUGUUACGACUUCAUUGUCAUACAUUAAUCUUGCAAUAUUGCGACUUUAUGCUUGUAUAGUCAUACCUACAUUGUCGUGCAACAUUUUUGUAAUGUCACAUGGUAAUAUGGCCUAAACCUCAAAAUGUUAUGUUUAUUCUCGUACAACUUUUUGUCAUAAUAUGACUGUACUAAAGGGAUUAGUUUGU